AGGGAGGAAAUAAUAUAAAAAAUAAAUAAAAAAUAAACGAUGUGAAUCGGAAAUUUUUACCGCUGCUAUCACUCAAAGUUUCGGCCCCGUUAAAAAUUUGCAGUAUUAUCUCUCAUACAAUAUUAAAUCCCAUGUAAAUAUCAAUUUCCUCCCAAUUUCAAUUCAACAAUCAAAUUAAUAUAAUGUCUACGACACAAACCAUCGAUGAGACCGGUAUUAUUUGCGGGUUGAAAGCUGCAAUUACAGAGCUGGAAUGUCACCAACAGGCGCGAAUACUGAAGAAGCAAAGAGAAAAGGCAGCAUCACCAGCUGUAUACAUAACAAUUCCUAUACAUGUAAUGCAUCCUAAAAGACAGAAACCACGUAGUAAGUCUAAAAGCGACAAGUCCGCUUCUCCAAAAGGUAGAAAAGACCCUGUAACGGAAAGUCAGUGCAAAGACAAAGAGAAGCUCGAUCGACGCAAGGAGACAUCUCGUCCGAUAUUCCCGGAAAUGCGAGGAGGCAUAUUGUAUUCCAGAUGCUACUGUUUGUACAGAAAUGGCCUCCAAGAUGAAUGUCCUUUAACGCAAUGUCAAGGACAACCAGAUUGUCUAGUUAAACCAUGGGCCAUCUGUCCGCCGGGAAAAUACGUUAGAUCACGUUAUCCGGAAUUGUACCCGACUAAGAAAGAUUGUAAAACGUGACGAUACGCACACAAAGUUAAAAAAAGAAAAACAGAAAAAAGGAAACAAAGCUACGCAUCUUUUCAGUGUUUAUAUACUUUAUACUAAAACUUCAAAGCAUCCAGAAUUAAUGACUACAUCGUCACAUCGUAAGAAAAA